AUGGCCUUGACGAUAACUCCUCAGCCCCACCUCCUUCGAGCCACGGUUGCUAACCAUAGAGCAGCGCCUCCUUCCUCUCCGCCAAUGCUGCCUCUUGAUGAGGCUGACAACGAAGAUGACAUAGCUGCAGAGGAAGGGUUUAUCCCCGAUAUAGACGAUUUAGAGGAGAUGGCAGAGGAUGACGAUGGCAUUGACCUCUUUGCAGACAAUUUCGAAAGAGAUUAUGCGAGUCGUGCCGACGAUGGGUAUGGUGGAGUUGAUAUCGAUGAUGCAGAUCAAGAGGAAUUAGACCCCGCAGCGCGACGACAACUUGAAGCACGACUCAACAAACGAGACCGUGAAAUCGCUCGAAGACGAAAAAUGCCCGCUGCUUUCCUGCAGGAGGAUGACUUUGAUGGUGUUCCCGACCUUUCCCUGCAGACGCGCAGGCACCGACGCAACUAUGACGAAGAGAGCCAGGACGCAGAUAUGGAUGAUCCAGAAGCCGACCUAACUUUAGAAGAUAUGGCCGAUAUCAAGGCCGAUAAUCUUACAGAAUGGGUAGCAACCCCAGCUAUUCAUAGGGCAAUCUACCGAGAGUUCAAAUCCUUCAUAACCGAAUUCACGGACAAGGACGGCAUUUCAGUCUAUGGCACCCUUGUGAAGAAUCUCGGAGAAGAGAAUUCGGAGUCGCUUGAAGUCGCAUACCCUCAUCUUAGCGAGUCAAAAUCGAUAAUUGCAUACUUCCUUGCAAACGCCCCAGCUGAAGUCCUCAAAAUAUUUGACCAGGUAGCUAUGGAAGCUACAUUGUUGCACUACAGAGACUACCACCGUAUUCAUAGCGAAAUUCACGUACGAAUUACUAAUCUACCCGUGAAAUAUACCCUCCGCCAGCUUCGCCAAAGCCAUCUCAACUGCCUUGUCUGUGUGAGCGGUGUGGUUACAAGGCGAACAGGUGUUUUCCCACAAUUGAAAUACAUUAUGUUCAAUUGCAACAAAUGUGGUGUCACCCUUGGGCCAUUUGAACAAGACUCGAGUAGCGAACUAAAAAUCUCGUUUUGUCAAAACUGUCAAAGCCGUGGACCUUUUACAUUAAACUCCGAGAGAACGGAAUAUCGCAACUUCCAGAAACUAACUCUUCAAGAAUCUCCGGGCACCGUACCUGCUGGCCGACUCCCGCGCCAUCGAGAUGUUAUUCUUUUGGCGGAUUUGAUUGAUUCUGCCAAACCUGGUGACGAAGUCGAAAUCACUGGUAUUUACCGCAAUCAAUAUGAUCUUCCAAUGAGUCAAAGGAGUGGGUUACCAGUCUUCAGUACAAUUAUCGAGGCUAACCACAUUGUGAAAUCUCAUGAUCAGCUCGCUGGAUUCCAAUUGACUGAGGAGGAUGAACAUCAAAUCCAAGCUUUGUCUAAGGAUCCUGGUAUUGUCGAGAAGAUCAUAGCUUCAAUCUGCCCAAGUAUCUAUGGGCAUGAAGAUGUUAAGACCGCGGUCGCUCUCUCUCUGUUUGGCGGCGUUAGCAAGGUAGCUCAGGGAAAAAUGAACAUCCGUGGAGAUAUCAACGUACUACUGCUUGGUGACCCAGGUACUGCCAAAUCACAAGCUCUAAAGUACAUAGAGAAAACCGCCCAUCGUGCCGUCUUUGCUACCGGACAGGGAGCUAGUGCUGUCGGCUUAACUGCAAAUGUUCGUCGUGAUCCAAUGACCAGUGAAUGGACUCUUGAAGGCGGUGCGCUGGUAUUGGCCGAUCGAGGUACCUGCUUAAUUGACGAAUUUGACAAGAUGAAUGAUCAAGAUCGCACAUCGAUUCACGAAGCGAUGGAACAACAGACAAUAUCCAUAUCGAAAGGUGGUAUUGUUACCACACUCCAGGCGCGGUGCUCUAUUGUUGCAGCGGCAAACCCUAUUGGGGGCCGCUACAGGGGAACACUUCCUUUUUCUCAAAAUGUUGAACUCACUGAACCCAUCCUUUCUCGUUUUGAUAUUCUCUGCGUUGUCAGAGACAUGGUGAAUCCAGAUGUAGACGAAGGAUUGGCUUCAUUUGUGAUGAAUUCGCAUUACCGAUCGAACCCGAUUAAGGACGCACAAGGAAACCCGGAAGAAGAUGUCUCCGAGAACUCCCCUGAAUCCAGGUUUAAGGCACAGAGGGCAGAUGCUAUUCCGCAGGAGCUAUUGCGCAAAUACAUCGUCUAUGCGCGAGAAAAAUGCCAUCCAAAGUUAUAUCAAAUAGAUGAAGGUAAGGUCGCUGAGGUCUUUGCUGAUUUGAGACGUGAGAGCCUGGCAACUGGCGCAUACCCUAUAACGGUGCGGCAUCUUGAAUCAAUCAUGAGAAUCGCGGAAGCAUUCUGCAAAAUGCGUCUGUCCGAAUAUUGCUCGUCUCGCGACAUUGACCGUGCGAUUGCCGUAACCGUCGACUCCUUUAUCGGUAGCCAAAAAAUAAGUUGCAAAAAGGCCCUUUCAAGGGCAUUUGCCAAGUAUACCCUUAACAAACCCCGAGUAAAGCGGGACAGAGGCCCAGUCCAUACCUCUUCAUCCAACCGUAACUAA